AUGAGUGAGUGGAGUGAGUGGUCCCCCUGCGCGGGGCCCUGUGGAGCAGGAGAAACCGGCUUCUCUGAAUGGUCCCCCUGUAGCGCGAGUUGCGGGGGGGGACAGAGGCACCGUCAGCGUCUAAUGCCCAUCGAGCAGCAGCAGAUGUUGACGCCGCCGCAGCAAAUGAUGAUGCAACAGCAGCAAAUGAUGAUGCAACAGCAGCAAAUGAUGAUGCAACAGCAGCAGCAGCCUUGGGGAUUUCACGGUGCCGGGGGAUUCACAGACACGCAAGUGGAGUCAUGCAACGACCACGAUUGCGUUGCGACAGAAUGUCUAUACAGCUCGUGGGGGCCUUGGGGCCCUUGCGCAGGCCCCUGCGGAUUCGGGAAUCGCGAGCGGAGGCGUCAGGUGCUGUUUCAGCCUCAGGGGGUCGUCUGUGAACACCCUCUACUGGAGGUAUCCGAGUGCAACAAUGCCGAGGCCUGCGAGGGGGGCUGUCUCCUGUCCGAGUGGUCUGCCUGGUCCGGCUGCAGCAGCUGCAGCGCGGGGGGAACCCCUGAGGUUCGUCACCGAGAAGUUUUGGUGCCAGGGGCUCCUUGUCCCUUAAGGAUGGAAAGCCGCCCCUGUGUUUGUAAUGCUGCAGCCGGCGGAAUCGCAUCCGGGGAAGCAGCACCAGACUGUCCAGAGGGGGAGUGGGGAGAGUGGGGUCCCUGCGGUGCUGGAUGCGUUCGUUAUCGCCUCCGGCUCCUUCCCAAGACAGCAGCAGAUACCUCUGUCAGCUUCUGCGCGAGGCGAAUGGAGGAGGCGGCCUGCGAGACGCCCUGUGGAGGAGGUAGGGUUGAAGAAGGAGUCAGAGCGUCAGCAUUAACAGCGCAGUUUCUUCGUGGGGGCGACCGCUCAGGGGAAAACGAAGACUCCGAGGCGGCGUCCCGGGUGGUGUUGCUUCGGGGCAUCUUGCUGGGGAUGCUUGUGACUACUGUUGUCAUUCUUCUCUUCAUCGUCUUGAAAAGGAAGGAGCUGCGUGCGCGUGCCGCCUUCUCGCCAGUGCAACAGUGGAGCGGGGAAGAGGGAGACUCCAGCGUAGUGGACGAGGGGCUUGAAAGCAGCAGCAGGAACAGUAGCAAGAGCAGCAGCGAAGAGUCCCUAAACACAAUGGCCAUCGAGCAGGACGAACCUUUUUGGGAAGGCGGUGCCUCGGAUGACGAGGCAGCGCAGCUGAAGCAGCCUGCUGCUGCCUCGGCAGCAGCACCAAAAUCAAGCGCGGUUUGA